CUCAACGAACAGCCUUUGUUGUCAUAUGACAAUUUUUCAGCAGCGGUGAAAGCGCUCUCUAACGAUCAGCUUUCGAGACAAACAAUUUAAUGGUCAACGAUCGGAUUUUCUCCAGAUAUAGCAUCAGUAGGCUACACCUUGUCAAAUGUCAUCUCCAGAGAUAGCGUCUGUCUCUUGGGGACACAUGAAGGUAAAGGGCUGCUCCACAGGCUACAAAGACUGCAAAGUAUGGCCUGGAGGGAGUCGUGCAUGGGACUGGAGGGAGACCGGGACAGAUCACUUCCCAGGUGUUCAACCUGCUGAUCUGGAGGAGAUCCUGAAGAAGGGAGUGGAGACACUGGUGAUUGGCAGAGGCAUGAGCGAAGCACUGCAGGUGCCAUCAAGCACCCUGGACUAUGUGAAGCAGAACGGGGUGGAUGUGAAGGUGUUCCAGACAGAGAAGGCUGUGAAGGAGUACAACAACCUGGCCGGGCAGGGAGUGAAGGUUGGAGGAGUCUUUCACUCCACCUGCUGACUACAUCAUUUCAUACCCCUGUUGCUGCCAACAUCACCACAUCAGUGCCUGUGAUUUCCAUCACAAUCUGAGGAACUGUUGACAACCUCUUGAAAGUUACUUGUCGCUUUGUUUUCAGAAAAAAAGUUUUACUGUACUUGUUUAUUUGACCAGUUAACAAAUAAAAAUCUUAUUUUGUGCA